UUAGCGCCCUGGGUUGUUGCAAAGGCUUAAGGAAAUAAUAUGCGCAAAGCGAUUAGAAGAGAGCCUGGUACAAGCAGGACUCAGUACAUACUGGCUACUCUCAUUUUUUACAGACGUGGAAACUGGGGCUCAGGCUCAGGGCUAGUAGACAUCCAACUGGAAUUUGAAUCCAGUGGUCCGCCUUUUGCCUCCCUGAGAGGCCCCCAGGAUUCAGAGUUUCAGCCAAGUGCACUCAUUUGCUCACAUGGGUAAACUGAGCUCCAACAAGGGGAGGGUUUGCUAUUGUCAUCACUAACCCUCAAGUCCCCUCAUUCUGGUCUCUUCAUUUCCCUGGAGUCUGGUAAGCCAACUCUGUCUCCUUUGCCUCAUUCAUUCAUUCAUUCACUCACUCAACGUCCUGCCCCCAAAAGCUUCCAUCUAGGGACCUACCAAUUCAUUUAGAUCUGAGUGCUUGAUAAACACGACACCUGCCAAGAAGAGAUUGCAGGGUAGGGGCCCCCACCUUUUCAGGACACCCACCAUUCACUCCCCCAGCCUCAUUUACUGAAGUUGCCAUAAAAGCAUGGGAUCUGGAACCACAAUAGGUUCGAAUCCUGGGUUCGCCACUCAGCAGCUGUGUGUCCUGGGACAGUGAACCACCUUCUCUGUGCCUGUUUCCUCACCUGUAAACCAGGGUUCCAGGUUGGUAGGAGGGCUUAGCAAGUAAGAAUCCUUAGAGAAUGCCCCGGCCAGUAGUAAACUCACUAACUGAUGACUGCUACAAUGAGCCCUCGCAUUCAGCUGUGUCAUGUCCCCAUUUUAUGAAUAGAUAAACUGAGGCUCGGAAAAGGAGUCUCUUGCCCCAGGUCACACAGCCACGACUGUAGCCUCGCCCAGUCCAAACUCCAGCCUCUUUGGCUGCAGAAACAACAGUCAGUCCUGGGAAAGGUUUGCGCCGAUCGCUCAGAGAACACGUGAGGAAAACCAAUCUGUAAAGCCCGAGCUUGGGAGAGGGGCUUUGGUGCGCGGAAGAAUUUGCAGAUACUCCCUGCCUGCAGAGAUCGCUUGACCUGUCCUUCAGCCCGGACCUUCGGCUGGUCCCGCGGUGGCGACCCGAGGGCUAGUGGAGGCGGAGGUGGCAGUGGAGGCAGUGCGAGCUGCAGUGGCCCGCGGCCGGAGCGUCAUGUCUGAGCCGCAGCCGCCCGGCGCGCAGCGCGACCUCUACCGAGACACGUGGGUGCGAUACUUGGGCUACGCCAAUGAGGUGGGGGAGGCUUUCCGCUCUCUGGUCCCCAGGGCUGUGGUGUGGCUGAGCUACGGCGUGUCCAGCUCCUACGUGUUGGCCGACGCCAUUGACAAAGGCAAGAAGGCGGGAGAGGCGCCCAGCCCUGAAGCAGGCCGCAGCACCAGGGUGACGGUGGCCGUGGUGGACACAUUCGUGUGGCAGGCUCUGGCCUCCGUGGCCAUCCCAGGGUUCACUAUCAAUCGCGUGUGUGCCGCCUCCCUCUAUGUCCUGGGCACCGCCACCCGCUGGCCUCUGGCUGUCCGCAAGUGGACUACCACCGCACUUGGGCUGCUGGCCAUCCCCGUCAUCAUUCACCCCAUUGACAGGUCGGUGGACUUCCUGCUGGACUCCAGCCUGCGCAAACUCUACCCGACGGCGGGGAAGCCCAGCUCCUCCUGACCGCACCGCAGGACCUGGCCUGGGGUUGGCCCCCUCCUGCCAGGGGUUUGGACGCCUGGCUCUGCAGGGUCCACAGCCCUGCACCUGAGUGGGCUCGGAAG